UGCGUUUCUGUCGACCUUGCGGGGUGGCGCACUUGAUUGGUUCCAUCAGCUAACUCCCGGGUCGAUCAAAGAUUUCGAGGAUUUUGCCGGGCAACUUGUCAACCAGUACGCCAGUGCAGUCGCGCAGGAAAAUACGUAUCUCACUCUGAUGGCGAUGCGGCAGGGCGAAAAAGAGUCUCUGCGUAAAUAUGUUGCUCGAUACAAUCAGAUGUGCCUGGAGGUGCCCACGGCAGUUGACGAGGUGAAGGCGGGAGGAUUAAUUAGGAGCCUGCGACCAAGGCCAUGUCGAACGUCAUUAGCAAAGACACCUGCUCGAACUUAUGACGAGGUGAUAAAAAGAUGCAAGAAGUACAUCAACUUGGAGGAGACGGAAGCCGAGCUUGCCAAACUCGAGGAGGUGGCGAGGCCCGACCAAAGGAAAGGAAAGCCGAGUUCACCUAGGAGAGGGUCACCUAGGAGAAACCCCCCGAAAAAUGGCUCAUUCAGGAGGUUGUCGCCCAGGGGAGAUAGCCGAAAUCAGUUUCAAGGAGGGCGAGAAGAUUGUUGGCAAGGGAGACCCCGACUACCCAAUGGUCAGAGAUAUAACAAUUUCACUCCCCUUAAUGAUCAAGUGGGCGAG